AAUCAUUAGUAGAGCGGGAGUGCGCUGAGUGACAGUUCGUUCCGUUGCCCUAGAAACUAAACUAACUAUCGAUAACCGUUAUUAUCUCGGAGAAAACUGUCCUGGGAUCGAUUAACUGCAACUUUUUCCUUUAUUUUUGACUUUUAAAAUUAAUUUCAGCGAGGGAAGGUUUGCUUAAAAACGUGUCCAAUGAGUAAUUUAUACGAAAAUCUCGACGGUCAAGAAGAACUGGACUUUCCAUUACUUUUUCUGUAUAACCAACCUGACUUGCCCCAGGAUGACCAAGUUGAUGACACUGGCAUCCCCUCCAACCACGGUGCGAAUCAAACCUCUCCAAUUGUUCAUCUGUACGAUGAGGAGCCUGUGCCACAGCUUUCCCAUCGUCUCCCCAACGAUGACCUUCUCACCUACGGCCAAUCUGAGCUUAGGCAGUCUCUCGGACACUCCUCCUUGUAUGGCAGCCACCCUGGAGCGCCCCAAGGCAAUGGCCCGAGAAUUGAAAUCACCUGCCCUGACCUCUACCAUAAUGACCAUGUCCACACCAACCCUGUGAACAUCAGUCGGCCCAUGCUUGACAUCCCUUACAGAGAGAACCAGUGCCUCAGUCCGGCUAGUAGCACGUCCUCUACUAGCUGGCAUUCGGAUGGCUAUUCACCUGGAACAUACUCCCCCUGCAUCUCUCCUGGAGUUGGUGAAGGAAGCCUAGUCGGGGUGACCGAAGCAGUCCUUUGCCCCAUGCUGCAGGCCAUCCAAGCUUCGGGUUCUCCCAACACGUCCCCUCGCACCAGCAUCACAGAAGACACCGUGUUGGACCGCCGCCCCACCUCUCCACGUUCCCGCUCGGCUUCUCCGCAGGGGAAACGCACUUACGCAGAGUACGAGACCCAGAGAUCUCAAAGCCCCCGUUUUGCCCGAGACGAGCCCGCCGAGUUCUAUCCGCUGGCGAACUUGGAGGAUUCAAUGAGCAGCCUCAGCAACAGCUUGACUAAACCAAUCCCUACUAAGAUCGUCCGACCUAAUCUAGAGUAUUCUGUGUACACGGAAAGCCAGGCGGGCAUGUUCCCAACUGUGACGGAAGUGAAAAAAGAAUACACUAUGGAUUCGUGCUAUUACAUGCCUGCCAACUGGUCCAGUCAGGCUCUCGCAGGGGUUUGUAGUAUGCCGAUGACCGCCUUGCCUGCGUUGGACUGGCCUCUUCCCAGCAGCACUGAGCAGUAUGAGCUGAGGAUAGAGGUUCAACCCAGACAACACCACCGGGCCCACUAUGAGACAGAGGGCAGCCGAGGGGCCGUCAAAGCAUCUGCCGGAGGCCACCCUUUAGUUCAGUUGCGAGGGUACACCGGGACGGAGCCGCUGGCUCUACAGGUCUUCAUCGGCACGGCUGACGACAGGAACCUCAGACCUCACGCCUUCUACCAGGUCCACCGCAUCACCGGCAAGACCGUCACCACCAACAGUCAGGAACGAACGCUGAAUGGAACCAAGAUCCUAGAGGUGCCAUUGGAGCCCAAGGAGAACAUGAGAGCUGUAGUCGACUGUGCUGGUAUCCUGAAACUGAGAAAUGCCGACAUUGAGCUUAAGAAAGGAGAGACGGAUGUGGGGCGGAAAAACACACGAGUGAGACUGGUCUUCCGUGUCCACGUUCCUCAACCCGGAGGGCAGUGGAUUUCUCUCCAAGUGGCCUCGCAGACUAUUGAAUGCUCUCAAAGGUCCGCUCACGAGCAUCCAGCGGUAGAGCGUCAGGACUUGGACCACUGUUCGGUUCUGGGUGGACUGCAGAUGAUCCUUAGGGGCCAGAACUUCACAUCAGAGUCCAAAGUCAUCUUCUUUGAGAAAACGCAUGUUGACUUACAGAUAUGGGAGUCUGAGGCGAAAGUUUACAGAGACAAAUGCACGUCUAACCUGCUGUUCUUGGAAAUCCCUCCAUAUCGAGACCCCAGCAUAUACCACCCGGUCAAAGUCAAGUUUCACGUAGUCAAUGGGAAGAAGAAAUGCAGCCAGCCUCAAAAUUUCACCUACACGCCCCUCUCAGUGCCACAGAUUAAAGCAGAGCCGGUUGAAGAAUACCAGUAUGCACAAUUAGGCUGUGCCAUGCAUCCCAUCAUGGGCGUUUCUCCUCCCUCUUGCCAUCUUCCAGAUGGUUGCAUGAUGCCGACCGGCCCGUCGUACCAGCGAGGUCACUGCAUGUACCCUGCUGCCCCACAACACGCACCCAUCCGCUACCCGCUGGAUCACACGGUGCCAGGAGUUCUCGUCGGCUCCCCGGCUCACGCAGUAGGUCACGCGACCCCUGUGUCUGCAUUUGUGCCAAGCACCUACCAGCACACCAUAGCGGGCGACAGCAUCCAAACGGCUGCCUCUCUGUUUCCCACCCUUGAUGUCUCAGAGCUGUGCUCUGCUGCGGCCCAUCAAAAGGCGUACGGCUCAAGGGCGUCCCCAACCACAGGGAGAUCCCCGCCGGCCCGCAGCCAUCAGCAAACAUACCUGCCCGUGCAGCACCAGAGAAACGUCAGUCCUGUGAGAGUCACCAUCAAGCAGGAGAACCUCGAUCAGGCCUAUCUGGAUGAUGUGAAUGCUGUUAUAAAAAAGGACCUUGUUCAUAAAAAUAACCUCUGAUGUCAAUCGUGGAAAAUAAAUCGUCAUCCUCCCUCGACAUACAGCGUCAUCACAGAUGAAGACGUCUUUGAUAUCUAUUUAAAUGGCUAGUUUUUCAUAUCUAUGAUUUGUACACAAAAAGAUGACUAAUAAGAUCAUGUUAAGACAAUAUCAGUGUGCUUUAGUGUUGUUUAUAUAUAUAUAAAUAUAUAAUGCCUAUUUUCUCAAAUGGUUUUUAUUUCAAAAAUUGACUUUGUAAGACAUAUUUAUCAAUGUGCAUUUCAAAUAAAAUGUUUUAAAGUG